GACCAAGUUGGAGAAAGUACUCGAGACCUCAAAGGGCGUCCUAAGAAGGAGGGAAAAUAUCUCUAUCCAUACACAGAGGAAUGGUCGCUCUCGCCCAGGAACUGUGAGCCUGGCAGGAAAAUAUAAGAAGUUUUUCAGUUAAUAGUGACGCCGUGUUCACUAGCGAUGACUGGACAGGCUCGUCGAAUGGAAUACAACCUGUCGGGCGGGGUUCUGACCGACUCGGACGCUCCUGAUCACAGCCCUAUGACUCUUUCAGACUCUGGGACCCCACAGCGAGAACCGAUUUGUAAGACCCACCAGGAGAGCAGCGAUAAUGAGAAAACCCAGCAAAAUCAAACAGAUGAGUCGGAUUCCAAGGACCCCUCCAUCAAGAAAAAGCAGAGGCGCCAAAGGACACACUUCACAAGCCAACAACUGCAGGAGCUGGAGGCAACUUUUCAAAGAAACCGAUACCCGGAUAUGUCCACCAGGGAGGAGAUAGCAGUCUGGACGCAUUUGACCGAGGCACGAGUGAGGGUGUGGUUUAAAAAUCGCAGGGCCAAGUGGAGGAAAAAGGAGAGGAAUCAACAGGCCGAGCUCUGCAAGAAUGGGUUCGGCGUCCAGUUCAACGGAGUCAUGCAACCGUACGAUGACAUGUAUUCCGGCUACUCCUACAACAACUGGGCUACCAAGAGCCUGACCAGCAGCCCCCUGUCCGCCAAGAGCUUCCAAUUCUUCAACUCCAUGAACGUCGGCCCCUUGUCCACACAGCCCAUGUUCUCUCCCCCCAGCUCGAUCUCUUCCAUGACCAUGCCUGCCUCCAUGGUUCCUUCGGCGGUGCCCGGGAGCAGCCUGAAUAAUUUAAACAGCUUGAACAACCUUAACAGCCCCAGCCUCAACUCGGCCAUGACCGCGGGCGCCUGUCCUUAUGCAUCUUCCGCCAGUCCCUACUCGUACCGAGAUACCUGCAACUCAAGCCUCGCCAGCUUGAGACUCAAGGCCAAGCAACACACCAAUUUCGGCUACCCGGGAGUCCAGAACCAAGUGUCCAACCUAAGUCCGUGUCAAUAUGCCGUGGACAGACCUGUAUGAGCCUAAUGGUUGUUGUUAACCUUCGGUUUCAACCUAAAUAUAUGACCUUUGACCCCCCCCUCAAUGUACAUCACCAGUCCCUUGACAGCGCUGGCUAAAACGAUGUUUGUCCCAUUGAGAAGACAGCUUCCCAUUUCACCUUGGACAGGUUUAGAACUUUCAUGAAAAGGGUGUUACACUCGUCACUAUCGCAGACAAAAAAAUUGUUAAUGAUAUACAAUCCAAGAUAUGCUUGACCAUUACAAUCCGCCUUCUAGGUUGUAAUGUGGGGUCUCCUGUAUAUAUAAUGAACUUUUUUUUGUUUUCCUUUUGUAUGUGAAAUAAUUAUCUAUAAAGUAGUGUUUUUAAAGGUGAAAAGAAAGCAUGUCCUCUAACUGCAUACCUAUGAUCACUUGACUUGCGCCUUGGUUAAUAGAUUAGGAAUGGAAAGACUGACCUGUUAUGAAUGACUCACUGUUGUAUAUCCUCGCACAGUCUCUCUCAUGUAGUCCCGCACCGCCGCAGUAUUCCUUCUCACAAAUCGACCGUUCAUGCAUUUUUAAUUCAGCGCCUCACCAGCGUUUGACCACAGGUCCAUAUCCCUUUCAACACAUCCCCACUUUGUAAUCUUAGAUUUGCUGCAGGUUAAUGGGCUCGUUUUUCUGUGGGUCUUUCCUUAAUUUGUCGAGUUAUGAAUAUUUGUAACGGUUUGGCUUGAUGCUGGCAGCCCGAGCAUUUCUCAUUUAAAUCCACUGUGCGCAUCAAUCUCUAAAAGGCCAAAGUUUACAGACAAGAUAGCUUGAUUUGCACUCUGGCUAAUGCUUA